GAAAUAUCGAGUGAUAAAUACCUACCUACACGAAAAGAAAUACAGCAGAAAUAGGACACGUAAUGGCAGAAGAUAUUUAUACGAUCCAAAAGGAAGCCUCACGCCUCCUUACGUCGGUUCUGCUCACAGAUGCGCGCCUGCAAAUCCCAGAGUCCGUCAAGUCUGCGUCUAAACGCACCUCCUUCGACCCCUCGGCCCUCGCCACUCCUUUUCUACCCGCUCCUAUAAAGUGUACUGAACUGAGCACUGCACUAUGGGCACUUCUAGCCACAUUCGGGAACGCCAUCUGCGCUGAGCGGUACGGUCUGAGUGAACAGAAGGUUGUAAUCAAUAGCGACGUCGCCUCUAUCUUCCUCAUCUCGUUCUGGUUGAUGAGGGUUGGCGGGAAACCUAUAUCCGACUCGGAGUUGGUGAAGCGGUACUCUAUUUAUGAUACCACGAACCAAUUCACCCUCUGGCGCCGACUCGUUACGAACUUAUAUCCGACGCGCGACGGGCGCUGGUUUCAUCUACAUGGGGGCUUGAACUCUGAUAGGAGUCUGCGGAUGCUUGGGCUGCCAACUCAUAAGGAUGUUGCCGAUGAGAUGGAGGCUGUCAAAGGGCUUUCCGAAGGGGUACAGCAAUUUGACGCGGAGUGGCUAGAUAUCGAGGCUAACGAAUAUUGGAGACAAGCAGGCGGAAUCUGUUUCACGCCCGAGGAGUACCGCAAGACCGAACAAGGCAAGGCGAUAGCUGACGACGCUCUGUAUUUACUAGAAGAAUUCCACGGCGAGAAUCUACCACCAGUACCAUGGCCCAGAGUUGAUACAAAGACAUAUAGGCCCUUGGAAGGCAUAAAGAUUGUCGAUCUCACAAGAGCCAUUGCCGGUCCAACGAUCGGGAAGCUCGCAGCCUUGUUCGGUGCUACCGUGGUCAGGGUAUCGAACAUGAAACUACCGGAUCUGGGCAUCGUGCUAUUCGAAAGUAACAUGGGUAAACGGGAUGCGCACCUCGACCUAAAAGCCGAGGAAGGGCGAAAGGCGCUAUUGAACUUAAUAGAAGACGCCGACGUUGUGCUCGACGGGUACCGCCCUGGUGCAUUAGAAAAACUCGGGUUCGGUCCCACUUACGUGCACGAGGUGGCUAGGAGACGAGGGAAGGGUAUAGUGUACGCUCGGGAGAACUGUUAUGGCUGGAAGGGGCCGUGGAUGCAUCGAAGCGGCUGGCAGCAGAUCAGCGACGCUGUGACGGGGGUAGCGUGGUUGUUCGCUCGGAUGUGGAACGUAGACGAGCCCAUGAUGCCAUUCCUGCCUAACUCCGACUUCCAGACCGGGAUCGUAGGCUGCAUAGGGGUCAUGAAUGCGCUGGAUAAGAGAGCGAAGAAGGGUGGGAAUUAUCUGGUAUCGAUGUCACUAAACCAACUCAACAGUUUCUUGAUAUCGCUCGGGACCCAGAGCCCGGAAGUACAGCAAUCGCUGCGUGAAAUGUGGCCAGAUAUGAAACUACGGCAUUAUGAUGAUAUACACAGGCAAAUGAGAGUGUUACUGAGCGACUUGCCAAAGGUGAAGCCGCAGCUGUUGAAUCCUAAAUAUUUUACAACUAUCAAAGCCGAACUCGGCGUACCUGACGAGGAGAUCGCGUUCGUCGGACCAGCGGCCACGUAUGAUACGACGAAGCUAGGCUACGAUUUAGGGAGCUGUUUAAGAGGAACACACGAAGCGAAAUGGCCGGAUGAGGGAUAGGACUGGUCUAGUCAACGCUAUCGUCAUUAUUAGCAUUUUAUAUAAAAGAAGUAAUAGUGGG